AUGCCAAACCAACAAAAGAAAGUCAUUUUUUGUAUGGCUGGGGUGUUAAGCUUCGUGUGCGCCCUUGGAGUUGUGACAGCCCUGGGGACACCGUUGUGGAUCAAAGCCACCUUCCUCUGCAAAACAGGGGCUCUGCUCGUCAAUGCCUCUGGUCAGGAGCUGGACAAGUUCAUGGGAGAAAUGCAGUACGGGCUUUUCCACGGAGAGGGUGUGAGGCAGUGCGGGCUGGGAGCGAGGCCCUUUCGGUUCUCACUUUUCCCAGAUUUGCUCAAAGUGAUCCCCUUGAGCAUCCACGUCAACGUCAUUCUCUUCUCCACGAUCCUGGUUGUUUUAACCAUGGUGGGAACGGCCUUCUUCAUGUAUAAUGCUUUUGGCAAGCCCUUUGAAACCCUUCAUGGCCCACUAGGGUUGUAUCUUUUGAGCUUCAUGUCAGGCUCCUGUGGCUGUCUUGUCAUGAUACUGUUUGCCUCUGAAGUGAAAAUCCACCACCUCUCAGAAAAAAUUGCAAAUGAUAAAGAAGGGACUUACGCCUACAAAACGCAAAGUGAAAAAUACACCGCUUCGUUCUGGGUUGUUUUCAUUUGCUUUUUUGUUCAUUUUUUGAAUGGGCUCUUAAUACGACUUGCUGGAUUUCAGUUUCCUUUUGCAAAAUCUAAAGACACGGAGACAACCAAUGUAGCUGCAGAUCUAAUGUACUGA